AUUGUGUCAAUAAGAUACUCCAAAUAAGGACAGUUCCAUGUGUUUGUUAUUAUUAGGGAGACAGCAGCCUCAAACAAGGGCUGUAUUUCCAGGAUAACUGUUUUUAUUGCCUCCUCUUCUCUUCUCUCUUCUUGCUGGGAAGAGGUGCUUUAUGUUCUCCCUCUGCAGAUUCGACAGAAAAAGGUAUCUUCCAGGCCAACUACUGCUCAGAAAAUGGCUUUCCUAAAAAAUAUACAGAACUAGCUCUUUCUCCAUGUUUUUUUUCUUGUUUUUCCUUCAAAACUGUUCCCUUCUACCCCAUUCAUUUUCCUAUGCUUAGAAAUGAAAAUGAACUUCACUACUUUUAUAUGUAAAAAUAAGAAAAAAUGUGAAAACUUUAUAUUUUUUCCUGCAGUAAAAAAAUGCAGGAAACUUCACUAGGAGGGCAUUUUACAAAAAUUAUAUUAGCAUUAAAAGUUUGGUUUAGUUUGUUGCAUUCUAGGACCUGGCAGAGAUGGGAUUUGGGGGGGCACAUGGCUACUGUGGCAGAAAGCAGGUCAUGGAGGGUCAGAAAUUGCAUUCAAAUCUGGAGGUUCACUCUCAAGAGCAGUCCUUGUAAGGCCUAUACCUUCUGAUGGUAGGAAUAAACAAAUCCUGACUCAACAGCAAUCAGCAAUUUUGCCUGUCCAAAUUAAAUGAAAAUAAAGUCCUUGAAGCUCAAAUAACUCAAAAAUACAUUCUAAAGAGUCUGCUGAUUGGCUUAUUGUAUCUAUGGAAAGUGCAUAUUGUCAUCUUUGUUCUACUAAGAGAUUAUAACAUUUCAGAUGGCCUUUACAUGCCCUUGUAGGUUUAUUUUCUGUUUUUGUUUCAGUAGUCAGUUUUAAUCGAGGGCUGAACUAUGUCAAUGAAGAAAAUACAUAACAUCAUCUGUCCUUCCAUUCUAGCUCAGGGGUGCUCUCCUGGGGGAUACCAGUUUCUUCAGAGCCCUUAUAGAAGUGUCAAUUUUGACUCCCUGGGCCUCCAGCAGUUAGCCAUUCAAGACCUGAUAUGUGACCACUCCCUUUCUCCCUGAUGGUAUCGAUUUCUCCUCUUUGACAGACCUGCUAAGAUGCCAACCAAAUGUGUCGAGAUGAACCACUGCGCAACACUGGCCCCCAUCUGCCUGUCUCUGAACGAUUCAGAAACACUACCUCUACCUGGGGAGAUCAAGCAAUUGACAGCUUGUGCCACAUGGCAGUUUUUGUUCAGCACUACAAAAGACUUCUGUCUUUUUCAAAUCCCAGUGUCCAUAAGAAACUGUGGAAAGUUUUUUGUGUACUUACUACAACCCACUCAGGGAUGUAUGGGAUAUUGUGCAGAAGAAAAAAUUGUUCUUGUCCAAAUUACUAUUCUUUUCUGUUUUCCAUCUGGAAGGAUUUUACCAGGAAAAAGCAUGUUUGACACAAUGCCAGUUUCUCUGCCAUCACCUAGAAAACAAUCCUAUUGUAGCUACUCAAUGGACACUACUUCAUUGUAUCCAUCUUCUAAUCAUCUGGAAAGUGUUUCUCAAUCAGAGAUUGUUUCAGCUUGCAAAGACCCCAAACAUGUCAAAUUCGCUUCCUUGAUAGAGCUAGAUGUCACCUCUGAAUAUAUUAAUUCAGAAGCUCCUGUCAGAGGAAUAAACAAGCAUACAUCUCGAGAAAAAAAUAAUUUGGAUUUCUUUCCUCAAGAAAAAAAGCAUGUGAAUCUAACCAGUCUGGACUUAAAUUUACAAAAACAUCCUGGGAAUGAAAAACAAGAUGCAUCAAAAACUUUGGACAAGGGGAGACGUACACAGGACCAGGGUAAUCACAGCCAAGAAAUAAGGUGGGAUCGACAAAACAGAUGGAAACAGCAAAACUUCAGUGAGUUUCUUCCUUUGUUUGCUUUUCAAAGUCUCAGCCAAAGUGACCUAGAAGAGUUUACUUACUUUUUCCCUGAGGACCAUACUGAGGAUGUCCACCAAGAGUUUGUCCCCACGUGGCCCACACCAUCUGGCCACACCGAAUACAGCACAUCGGCACUAUGUCAGCACACUCUUGCCAACUCCAGCAUAGGAAUGCACUGUCUUGCCUUUCUUGGCAAGAGACUAGACAGUGUGAUAGAGAUGUGUUUUAAGGAUGUUCUCCUAAAAGAUCAUCUUAGCUGGGCAGAAGCAGGUGUGGCCCUUUUAGAAAAUGAAUGUGAAAAGAGGAUUUUGGAAGAGGGGAAAUAUAACAGAGAAGAAUACAUCAAGUCAAUUAAAGACAUUCUCUUGUCAUUAAAAUGCCCCAAUUUAUGCAGUGGCCAUGGGCAGUGUAUGGAAUGGGGGUGUGCAUGCUCCCCAGGCUUUAGUUCCUAUGAUUGCAGUGAUUCACACAACAAGGUUCCUGAAAUUAUAGAACUUGAGAAUGCUGGAUUGUGUAAUAUUCAAAAAUAUAACUGUAUGAUGGUGAGAGUUUUUGGUCAAGGCUUCAAAGAAUCACCUUCAAUUAAAUGUGAAGUUACUAAACUGAAGUUUAAUUCUGAUCUGUUUUUCAUGUAUACAUUUACAGUUGAAACACAGUUUUUAAAUAAAUUUACUACACAUACUGUGGUUCUCACAAGGUCUGACAACAGUGUAACUAAGGAAGAGGAUGGUAAAAAUGCCCAUCAGGGGGAGAGGAAUGUUAAGCCAACAAAUGGAAAUGCCUCUACCAUUUGUAGGCAUCCAUGUGGAAAAAACAGGGAGUGUGUUGCCCCAAACAUAUGCGAACGUAAACCUGGUUACGCUGGUUCUAACUGCCAAACCACUAUAUGUCAUCCUGAUUGCAGAAACCAUGGAAAAUGUAUUAAGCCUAACAUUUGUGAAUGCCCCCCAGGACAUGGUGGAGCUACCUGUGAUGAAGUGUGUCUACAGAACUGUAGACCACCUUGUCAACAUGGUGGCACCUGCUUGGCUGGAAAUCUCUGCACUUGUCCUUAUGCUUUUGUAGGACCAAGGUGUGAAACAACAGUUUGUAACAGGCACUGUGAAAAUGGAGGCAAGUGCCUUACACCAGAUGUUUGCCAGUGCAAGCCUGGCUGCUAUGGACCCACCUGUAGCACAGCUUUGUGUGACCCGGUUUGCCUCAAUGGUGGUUCCUGUAAUAAGCCAAACACUUGCCUCUGUCCAAAUGGAUUCUUUGGUGCACAGUGUCAGAAUGCUAUCUGUCACCCUCCCUGUAAGAAUGGUGGUCACUGCAUGAGAAAUAACGUGUGUGCCUGUCCUCAAGGAUACACUGGUAGGAGAUGCUAAAAAAGUAUCUGUGAUCCCAUAUGCAUUAAUGGAGGAAAGUGCGUGGGACCAAGUCUUUGCUGUUGUCCUUCUGGCUGGACAGGGAAACAAUGCAACACACCUAUCUGCUUUCAGAAAUGUAAAAAUGGUGGUGAGUGUAUUGCUAUCAUAUGCCAUUGUCCUACGACAUGGGAAGGAGCACAGCGUCAAAUACCAAUCUGCUAUCAGAAGUGUCUUUAUGGAGGCAGAUGCGUACUCCCCAACAUAUGUUCUUGCUGCACUGGAUAUACUGGAGUCAAACGUGAAAAGAAAAUACAGAUAAAACACCGUUGAGUAAUAUCAAGUAUAAGAAUGGAAAUUUUUAUUCAGAAAACAUUGAAGUUAACUACUUGAAGUUUAUUUGAACAUCAUUUUUAAAGCUAUUUUAAAGGCUGAAGAAACUAAUAAAUACAGACUGGUCUUAGUUGUUAGAGAAAAGCAAAGAAGAAAUCCAGAUAAUCAAAAAUUUACUUUGAAAUGUGAUUUGAUAUUUAUAUAUUGAAAUGAUGUUUCUGAUAUUCCUGACAUUCACGAUAUUUAAUAAACUGAACAUUUUCCCAG